AUGGAGAAAACACAGGGAACUGCAGAUAUCACUCAGGUGAGCUCCCGGAGCGAGGUUGGCGAGGUGCGUGUCUUGCGUUCGCUCAGAACAGUUACCUCCAAACAAGCUGGUGAAGUAAACUACAUUAACGCCAAAGAAGCCCACGAUGACAGAGAGCUGCUGGCCGAAAUUGGUUACAAACAGGAACUGCAGAGACAUUUCAGCACAGUGCAAGUCUUCGGUGUGGCGUUCUCUAUCAUGGGUCUGUUGCCGAGUAUUGCAUCAGUUUUAGCCAUUGCCUACGGCGGAGGAACCGUUUCUCUGGUUUGGGGUUGGUUGAUCUGCGGAUUUUUCAUUUUGCUGGAAGGAUUAGCGAUGUCCGAGCUGGCUUCGGCCAUUCCAACCUCUGGAGGAUUGUAUUAUUACACUUACCACUAUGCCCCUGAGAAAUAUAAAUCGUUGCUCAGUUUCAUCAUCGGUAACUCCAACAGUCUGGCCCUCGCGUCUGGUCUGUGUUCCAUCUUGUACGGUUUCGCAGAGGAAAUUCUAUCCAUCGUGUCCAUCUCCAAAAACGGGAACUUUGAGAUUACAAAUGGGAAAACUUACGGUGUCUACGCCGCUGGUGUUUUCUCCUGUCUGGCAGUGACAUCUGUCGCAACCGUUGGUGUGUCAAAGCUGCAGACUUUUAGUAUCGUCUCUAAUUUGCUGCUCAUCGCGUUUUUCUUAAUUGUGCUGCCCAUCGGAGUGGCUCAAUCGGACUUUGACUUCAACGACGGUUCUUUUAUCUUCGGGGAAUGGGUGAACUCAACCUCCUGGUCGGAUGGCUGGCAAUUCAUGCUGACUGGGCUCCAACCUGCAGCAUGGACUAUCGCCGCUUUCGAUGCUUGUAUUCACAUGUCUGAGGAAGCCAAAAAUGCUACAAAGGCUGUCCCAGUAGGUAUAAUUGGUUCCAUCACUACUUGCUGGAUUAUAGGUUUUUUUAUUUGCAUUGCUAUCGCAGCGUGCAUGGGUUCAAGUGUUGACGCCAUUGCCAACUCCGAAACGGGUGCACCAAUGGCUCAGAUUAUCUUUAAUGCUUUGGGAAAAAAAUGGACAAUCGCUAUCAUGACUUUAAUUGCAUUCUGUCAGUUCAUCAUGGGCUGUUCUAUUCUGACUGCAAUCUCCAGACAAAUUUGGGCUUUUGCCAGAGAUGAUGGUCUACCUUUCUCCAAAUUUUUCAAGGUGGUCAACAGUAAACUUUCGUCUCCUCUUAGAGCAACUUGGUUUGGAGCUGGUGUCGCUUUGGUUAUUGGCCUGCUAUGUUUGAUUGGUGGUGAGGCUUCCAAUGCUUUGUUUUCUCUCGGUAUUGCCGGUAAUUACUUGGCAUGGAUGGUACCAAAUAUUCUAAGAUUGACGACAGGAAAAGACUUGUUCAGACGGGGUGCUUUCUACAUGGGAGAUUUUUGGUCUCCAAUUGUUAACUGGACUUCUAUUGCCUUUCAAGCAUUCAUUAUCAUAGUGAUCAUGUUCCCAGUGGAUCCUUCCGCCUUGACUGCUGAAACUAUGAAUUAUACGUGUGUCAUCUGCGGUGGCGUGUGGUUUGGCAGCUUAAUUUACUACAUUGUUUACAAGCACAAGCAAUACCACGGUCCAAAAUCAAAUCUUGAUGAUGCUGAGUUCGAAGAAGCGGUGGGACAAGAUGUUAUUGACCAGAUUCUUUCGCACCAGAAAAGCGGCUAA